AUGGAUAGUACUCAGGUAGCGGCCAUUACAAACGCGUGGGAGUCAAUACCGAACAAAUUUGAUGUUUUCCAGAGGCUCUUCGUACGACUCUUUGUGUACGAGGAUCAAGAAUUUGCCGUUCAUUUCGACUUACAAGACCUGCCAGAGGAAGAACUGAUGCAACAUCGAAAUUUCCGGACGCAUGUUUGCAAAUUCCAACGUUUCAUCGCAACAGUUGUCGAUUUGCUUCCAAAAGCGAAUCGAAACGACGAACUCAUACAGAUUAUAAGAAUGGUCGGUCGACAACACUGUAAUAUAAGAACGAUGAGUUUUACGGCCGAAAAGUGGCUUGUGUUCAAAAAGGUUUUGAUCUCAGUUCUUUGCAACGAUCUCACUCAGGGUAAGUUGUAUGAAUGCUGGAGUCGGCUGGUCAGUUUCCUGAUCUACGAAAUGAAAGAUGCUUACCUCGAUUACAUCCGACAUGCUCGUUCGAAUUCCUGUCCUCAUAUACCAGAAGCGAUAACGUUUUUCAGCGUGAAGAGGUUACCAUCGGGCGAUGGAGAUGAGAAGGUGGAUUUGAGUGAAAAACACUGA